AUGUUGCUAACCAGCAUCCUACUAUCACUACUCGCCGUUUCGUCAUCGUACGCAGCGGCUUCUCCUCGAGAUGGAUAUGGAGCAGAUCAGAUAGCUCUUGCUCCGCCUGGGGGAGACCCCAUGUCUCUCCGCACCACUCAUCAAUUUUCACUUCGACAUGUAUUCCACCAUGGUACAUAUGAGGACCCAACGCUACAUCAACGCCUCGAUGUCAAACCCGAUGCCGACCUAUGGAUGGAGUCAGAAGAUGGCCAGAGGGUGGAGCUACCGAACACUUUCGAAGCCUCCGGGCAAGCAGUGAAGAUUCAGCGACUUACCGAUAGACGGCCCCAAAUUGUGGAAGGUAGACUUCGUGCAGCUCGGAAUCCGGGCCUUGCAAGCUUCAUACCUCCUCCAGAAUGGUCGAUCGACGAUGUUUCGGGUCCCGAUAUAACUGAUAGGCAGACUGUUCUGAGCCUGGCAAAGAUGACUGCCAACGCCUAUAUUCAGACACCCGGAACUUCCGAGUGGCUAAGCCUGGGACAUAGCCCAUGGAAACACUCCAACAGGUUUGGGUGGGAAAACGAUGGUCUCAGAGGGCAUAUAUACGCCGACAAGGGCAACACGACGAUCAUCAUCGCCCUAAAAGGAACAUCUGCAGCCCUCUUUGAUGGUGAAGAAACCACAACCAAUGACAAAAUCAAUGACAAUCUAUUCUUCAGCUGCUGCUGCGGACAAGGAGGGCAAUACUUUUGGCGACAGGUCUGUGACUGCUAUUCGACAACAUAUACGUGUAAUAUUACCUGUGUAGCCUCUUCACUUAGGGCCGAAAAUCGGUACUACAGGGCGGCUCUAGACCUCUUUGCAAAUGUGACAGAGCUAUAUCCAACCUCGAAUGUCUGGAUAACGGGUCAUUCACUCGGUGGCGCAGUCUCCAGCAUGCUUGGGAGAACUUAUGGACUUCCUGCUGUGACGUUCGAGGCCGUCCCUGAAGCACUCCCUAUUUCACGCUUGGGCAUCCCCGUACCCCCAGGAGGCGAUCCACAAUCACCAGAUACUGACUACUCGGGUGCUUUCCAUUUUGGUCACACAGCCGAUCCCGUCUACAUGGGUAGCUGCAACGGCGCAACGUCAAUCUGCACGCUAGGCGGCUAUGCAAUGGAGUCUGUAUGUUUCACCGGCAAGAGAUGUGUGUACGAUACAGUCCAAGAUCUCGGCUGGCGCGUUGCUAUCGGCACACAUCGAAUUGUUAAUGUCAUCAACGAUGUACUUAAGAAAUACGACAGUGUCCCGACAUGCAAGCCGGAUAAAGCGUGCGUCGACUGUCCGAACUGGAAGUUCUUCCGCAGCAAUGGCACCGAACACACCACUACAAGAACGACAAGCACCACCUCGACUGCCACAAGGACUGAAACCUGCAAAACUCCUGGGUGGUGGGGAUGCCUUGAUGAUACCACUAGCCAGACUACCCAAACUUCUACUUCAACGUCCUCGUCCUCGACCAGCAGCACGUCCACGUGUAAGACGCCAGGAUGGUUCUGGUGCAAGGAUAAAAGUACCACGGAGACGAGCAUAACAACGACUCCCGGAACUACUUCUACUUCUCCCAUGACUACACCAAAGUCAACUUCUGCUACCACUACUACUUGUGAAACUCCAGGGUGGUUCGGGUGUAACGACGCAACGACAACAUCGACCUCCACUACGUCGAUGAGCCAGUCGUCCUCGUCAUCUUCAUCUUCGUCGACUACCACGACUUGCAAAACGCCCGGUGUCAUAUGGGGAUGUAACGACGUUACUACGACAUCUACAUCAUCGACCGCAUCGACCGCAUCGGCUGGAAGUACAUCAACCUGCAAAACUCCUGGGAUUUUGUGGGGCUGCAAUGAUAUCACCACUUCUGCUCCCGCCGGCACAUCGACUCCCACGUUGACACCGCACAUCAGCCCAACAGCGACCGCUUAA